AUGACCGCUAACGCUUCCUUGGAAUUCUACGACAAAGAAAAAGACGAUAUCAUAUACUCGUUAACUGUGGUCGCCCCUGACAACGGUACCGACACUCUGGAAUGGUGGACCAACAUAGGAAAAUUCAACCGGUUUGACAUUGCCAUGGAAGCUUUUCUUGACAUCGGGGAACUUCCUGAAAGACCGUCAUACGUGUUAAAUCACACCUUUGGAAUCCAGAGUGCUAGCAUCUCGUACACUCUAACAAAAGAUUCCAACGUUGCAAACCGAACAGACAAUGUCAGCUGUCAUUCAACAACCCAGGCUAUAGAACCAGGAGUAGUGAGCUGUUCUCAACACGUUCCUUUCUUUGAAUAUCGCCUGGACCACGGUGACGUAUUUACUAUGAAGUUUGUAGUGGCUAGUGGCGGAUAUAUCAAACUCGAUAAUACUGCAAAAACCGUUCAAAAAUUCAUUGGUAAAGAUGGGUUCAAGGAACUGAGACUGAAGAUUGAUUUCACACCGCCGUACAGUUGUUAUGGUAACAACAGCUGUGGAACAGUCAAUACAGGUCCGCCAUUACAGGUCGUCAACGACAUCACUAAGGACCCAGUCUUGCUGAAAUGGUCUGGAUGGGGUGACAGCCUCUCUGGUCUACAUUCAUAUGUUCUGGAAGUAUUCAAACUGAGUGGUGGCGGUGUUUAUUUACUGGAACAAGAUCCAAUGAAACCAACGUAUGUGUGGACAUUCGACCUCGACGUUCAUCAGCAUAAUGUCACCCCUAAUGAAACGGGGAUGUACUCGGCAAUACUCGGCGUAAAGGACCGCGCCAACAACACCAGAUAUGUCCGCGAGUUAUUUCUGUAUGAUUCUACGUCGGAUAUCUCCAUGGAAAUGUCCAGUCCUGUACAUGUAACAAGCGCCUCUCAAGAAUCGAACUAUCACUGGCAGAUACCGCACACUGCAGGAAAAACGUCUAUCGAGAUUGACUGGACCGGCCAUUUUGUCAACAAAGUUCACCAGGAAGGCGGCUUCUUGGCCAGUGUUAGGGACUACCCUACUCAACUCAAGAACGAAUACCUGGACACAGUACAGAAGGCGAUCUCUACAGAGCUUAGGAACCCAGCCGCUAAAAGGACAAGCAACAGCAUACCAAACAUCAACGGCAUUAUUAGGUUUGAACUAAUAUUGGAGACCUUUCUGAAGGAUGUUACCCCCGAGCCCCCUCAGACGAACUGGAGGGAGGAUCUUAGUUUAACGGAGACCACUGCAGUCGAGGAAAAUGUCAACCAAGGAGAUUGCAAACUUGUUUGGGUCAGAGCUUAUGAUAUCAUCGGUAACAAUGCUACAGAUUAUGGGAUGGUAUGCUUUGAUGCAUCUUUACCACUUAUCGAAGUGGGUUCUUUUCAAAGAGAUAUUGAGAAAGAUUUUUUUAGCAGCGUCAAGUUUCGUACUCUGGAUCGUGAUAGCGGCAUAGCCAUGGUAAAAUGGUCAUUCAUAGACAAUGCAACACUUCAGAAUAUUGAGAUACCAGUUCAUGACAACUUGCCUGUGCCUGGAAACAUGGUCAAUGAGACGAGGUCAGCCUGUGACCUCUCCGGAGAAUGUUACUGCAUUGCUACUGGGGAGUGCUUUUCUACAAAGUACCAUUUAGAUAUCGACCACUGUGUUCUCUACCAGCCCCGUAUUGAGAAUACCGAAACCCACUACAUAACAACACUUACCGUGUAUAACCAAGCCAUGCUGAAUGUGUCCGCGGAGUUUGUGAUUGAGAACGUUCAAAACCUGCGUGGUAUGGAUUAUUGCGCGAAAAUAUUCCAGCAGAGACUUGUUGAAUCCGGAGGACUGACAGCUGGUGGAAUAGCCGGGAUCGUUCUAUGCAUUGUUCUAAUUAUCGCCUUUGUAGUCUUUGUACUGUUUUUACAUAAGACUGGACGUCUGCAAAAGGUUAAAGAGAGAAGUCGAGAGAGUUUGCGCACUUUUCGCAGAACUAUCAAAAGAGGGCGGGGCUUUGAUGGUCUUAGCCAUUACAAGUCUGGUGGGUUUAACGAGGAAGACAUUUAUAUAUAUGGAAACCAGUCUUUCAACGAAUCCCCAGAAUGGAUGAUUAGUCCGGAGGAUUUGACACUCAACAACAUUAUCGUCAUCGGAAAGUUUGCAAAAAUAUAUGAUGCCAGUUUGAUUCAUUUCGGGCGACAGAUGAAAGUGGUUGCAAAAACUUUAAAAGGCGAUUUUACGACAGAGGAUGUGCUCUUGAUGAACGCUAAAAUCAAUUUCUAUGGUACAAAAGUUGGACGGCACUCCUGUGUCCUGGAAAUGAUUGGAGCAAUUGUGAACGACGAAAAGAUGGGACCCGUUAUGGUAUUGGAACAUUGUGGUUACGGCUCGGUAAAAGACUGGCUUAGAAAUAACAAAGGUAUUCCUUCUGACUCAAACAUCGACUUCCUGUUCCGGUUUGUAUAUUCCAUCGUCCAGGGGAUGGAAUAUCUGGCCAGUCAAGGGAUUACGCACAUGCGCUUAGCAGCUAGGAACAUAUUGUUGACGGACAAGCUUGAACCAAAAAUCUCCGGGUUUGGACCUCGUCAUGGCGAUGACGACGAAGAUGGAGAAAGGAAAGAACGCAUCCCAAUAAAGUGGAUAGCUCCGGAAUGUAUGAGCAAGAGCAAAACUGAUGCAUCAGAGAAAUCCGAUGUCUGGUCGAAUGGUGUUGUCAUGUGGGAGAUCUUUUCAUUCGGAGAUACACCUUAUACCAACAUAAAAUCCGCCGACCUGCCACGUGCGUUGAAGAGAGGCGAGAGACUUACCCGACCAGAAUAUUGUGACCAAACUCAUUACAAAAUUAUGGCCAACUCCUGGAACAUCAACCCCACAAAACGACCAUCAUUCCGGGAAAUUCGGGAAGAAAUUGAAAGCAUGUAUAAGACAUCUGGAGGUGACAGCUUUUAUUAUGCAAACUCUGUCGGGGAAUGAACAAUUUAGAAAAAGAUAUUGAUUUGCAAGAAAAUGUGGGAAAAAAACUCCAAAAGCAACAACAUUAGCCCAAAGACUAUAUGUAAUUACUAAUUGCAUAUGUAGCUAAAACUUUAGUUUAAAUCAUAAAUUUGAUUUGAUUCAUAAUUACGAACGAGAGCUUGGUAUUGCAUUUGUUUUAGCCAAUAUUGUAUUCAUCUGACAUUAGCAGUUUAAUUCUCAUAGUGGGCGCUAUAUAUAUGUCAUCAAGGUUUUGUUGUGAUGUCACGGAUAGAUAUGAUGUAUGUGUGUCGUCAAAUGUAGAAUCACGGAAUUUAAUGCAUAUAUCAACAUUCUGACGUAUGUUUCGAAAAACCUUAACCUGAACGCUAUCAAAAUUCUAACGAUAGAAAGUUCGACACCCAGAAUAAUCGCCAUAUUAAAAGGUAUGGGGAACUCUCUUUACGAUAUAUAUCGUCAGGCAAAAAUGUCUUUCAAACACAAGGAAUUACAACAUAGAUUAUCUCCCCUAGAGUGUACACUUGUGCACUCUCCUACAACCUACAUACAGAACAAACAAUGAAAUCGAUCACAGACAGAUUAUCCUCACUGAAUUCUGAAUUUGGCAUCGCGUUACCUUUAUUCGUAGAUUUCGUUUAAGAUAAGAACAAAUCAUAUCUCAUGUAUACAGAAUUAAAGUUGCAUUGUAAUGAAUAAGUAGUAUAUAUUGCAAAUGAUUUAAAUAUGUUAAUCAAUCUGUAUUAUUUUCUUGGCUAUCAUUGCUUUGUCGCUAUGCAUUACAUGUCUCUGGUAGAAUUGUUUAAAUCAAUUCACUUGAAACAGUGUAUGUAUAUUUGUAUAUAAAAUACUAAUGCUACAAUAGAAAUAUCAAAUUUAAUAUGAAAUGACUAGUGAUUCUGAACGCUCCACUGACGAAGAAAAAAAGGACAAUUUCAAGGGAAGCUAUUAUGAAGAUAAAAAUGCUUAGAAUUACAAUGACUCAUCUUUUACUUAGUGGAUGAUUCAGACAUAAAUUUGAUGUCUCACUCACGAAACACUCUCCUGGUGAUUGGUCAUGUAGAUAAAUAUCACAAAACAUCACAAUAGGUAAAAGAUAUAUUUAAGUUUUGUUUAAAAUAGUGACAUAUUAUUUCAUCCUGACGUUUAUCCCGAGAUUCAUAUAAAAUAUUCUAUGUUCACCACAUGCGUGUUGUGAUUAUGAUUUCUGCUGUCAGUGGACAGUGAGAGGAGAUAGGUAUAUUUAAUCUACAUAUUGAGAAAUAUUUGUUUUUUCUGUGUUCUACGGUCUUUGUAUAAAACACAUAAUACUGCAACGGUACAAUGAUAAUAUAUUGUAGCAACUAACAAUUCGGUUAUACUUUGUUGUGGAAAAUCAUUUGUAUCAAAACCUGCUGCCACAUGUAAUUCCUGUAUAAUAACAUAUUGACAUGUCAUUGAUAUACCUGGUACAGGUAAUGUCGGUAUUCAUUGUAUUCAUAUGGAUAUAUCAUUGUUAUUCACGAGCAUUGUUAAUAACGUGUGACAUUAGGUUAUCAAACAGGUAAUACAAGUAUCCAUUGUUUUUUUUUUUGACUACGUUACGAGAAUUGUAUUGUUAACCCUGUAUAAUGUUAUAGUUUAACCUCCAUGUACAUUUUAGUUAUGGAAGGUUUCAGUAAUUUGCUUUUAAAUUGCAAAACAAGUUCAAACAAAUUACUCUUGUCGAAAUAUAUUCAUUGUUAUUUUUUUCUAAUUCCUAAGAUUGAGGACUGUAUAUACUGUAUAGAGAACUUGAUGAAGUUAAUACAUCAUUUAACUUUAUUUAUCACUCCCCGACAUAGUAUCGAAAUAUUUCAAACUGCAUGGCAGUCAUUAGAUCUGAAUGUUUCUGGUUCCAAAACAGGUCGAUUAAAACAUUAAAGAAACAUGAAGUAAAAGUAAGGGGGAAAGCAUGGCAAGUUUAAGAAUUAAUCAGAAUUAAUCCAUGACAAUCAAUGACAUGUUGUCUGUGAUACUUAAAUAUGUUUACAUUUAUUGUAUUUUGAAUGAGAAGACUAAUUAAUAAAACGUCCUGUGUAGAUGAUGUGUACCCUGUUGACAGCUGAUGUAUGUAUGUUAUGUCAAAUUAACCACUAUAUGUAAUACUAAUAAAAAAGAAAUAACAAUA